GGUACUCCUGCACGCACGCACACACACGCACAGGCGCGCACAGUGAUGGCAGCGUGGCCAUGAAGACAGCGGAUCUACAUGACGGACGGCCGAGCGCAGGAGAGUGGAGCGCUGACGCGGGAGUCUCGCGCGGGGAGACGUGGACAUGACCAGAAGAUGAGCCGCUCCCAGAACGAGGUAGAGGAGCACAACUGUCCCCCACUUGAAGACUUGGAGUGUAAAAUCUGCUACCAGCGCUUCAACAUUCACAGCCGCAGACCAAAGAUCCUGGAGUGUCUGCACCGGGUGUGCGCCCGCUGUCUCAACAAGAUCCUGGGCGUAGCCGACGGGGCCGGGUCCAUCUGUUGCCCCUACUGUCGACACCAGACUGCGGUCACCGGGUACGAGGUGUCAGCGCUGCCGGACGAUGCCAACAUCAUGUGCCACCUGGCGAUGCAGGACAAAUCCUGGAACUCGGACCACAACGGGGAGGUGGUUCUGACACCAAAGAGUCUGCCUUCCUCCAGCCCGUCCCGUGACUCCUCCAACUGCCUGGUCAUCACGAUCAUGGAGGUGCAGGGCGACGCGCAGAACUCGCCGGCUCACAACGGCAGCUCUGACAUUUACGCAGAGCAGAGUCUGGACUCGGUAUCCACAGGCUCGACGUCGCCCAACGACCAAGAUGCUCUGACCAAGUUCUGUGAUCACAUUCCGCGCAUCUUGGUCUGGCUCCUGGGCUUCUUGUACUUUGGCUCGCUGCCUCUGGGAAUCUAUCUCCUGGUGAUCCAGAGAGUGACUCUGGGAAUCGUGUGUGUUAGCUUGGUGCCGUCCAGCCUGACGGUGUGCCUGGUCUACGGCUUCUGCCAGUGUUUGUGCCAGGGAAUGUGCGACUGCGCUUCUCGUGCCUCAGACUAAGCUAAAGAAGCCAAUAAUCCAGCUGUCAUGUGAUUAGAAUUUUGAAUGUAAACCCAAUCUGGCGGAAGAGACUUGAGUGUGUGCCCUUUACACACUGACCCCCUCUCUGAGGGAAAUGUCAGCAAUGUGAACAGAAAGCCAUCAGGACCCAACUCAGAGGAAUUGGGGAUGCGUCAGAGAACGCGGCUUGACAACCUCUUGCUUAAAAGCCAUUUUCACUCAUGGAGUAGAAAUACGAAGGAGUAUUUGUCCAAUAAAGGCUAAACCCAUAGCCACAUGGACAGUCCAGAAAGAGCAAAGACGGUUGCACAGCCCAGGUUUGGCACAGGUGAGCCAUUCGAACCUCAACACAACAAGCCCAUCGUCCCCAGAACUCUGUGGGUAGGCGGGUCCUCAGGGUUAUUGCGUCUGAAGAGAUGACCUGAAGUCAGUUGCCCAGCUGUGCUCAGCAGGUCUGGGUGGAGCGGCGUGAGACGGGAGGCUCGCUCGGUUCCAUGCUGCCUGACUCACCCCUCGUUUCUGAGCUACGAUCUGUGACUUGUCCGACAACAGAUGCUGAGCCCAAACCAACUUCCGACAUGUCGGAACGGGCGUGUUUAGUCACAGCCAAUCACUUUUACUCCUUCAGAGGUUUUGUGUGUAAAAUACCAAUGUCGACAGUGAUGACUUCCAGCUUCAGUGGAAAUAGUCGUAUCGUCAGUUUACAUUUCAGUCGCCUCUCUCGUACAAAGCCUCUUUUCGACCCUCCACCCAACCUCUUGGGUAGCGGGGGCAGCCUUCGCAGUGAAGAGGUCUAGACCUCCGGUUCUUCUGCCCUAAUACCGAGGUGUUUAACUGUGAGAUGCAAUCCCUCCAGCUUUCUCGGGUCUGCCCUGGACCUCCUCCCAGUUGUCCAUCCAGAGAAUGCCUGACCAGUUUUGUUUCCCUGUCAGGUUGUUUUAGGCACUAAAAUCAGUUUUGUCACGUCCCUCACGUUCUUGAAGGUGCAUGAGAAGGGGGACGAGUCGCGCCUCUGAGGGUCGUACCCGUGCUGGCAGCACUUCCUCAUGACGCAUCACGUCCAGACAUUAGUGGUGGGCGACUUCAGGUUGUGACUUUGUGAUAGAUCUCGUACACAGACGCACCGCAGCAGGUUUCUGUUGCUGCGAGUCCUGAACGUUAGCAACCGCUACCACCCGCUUCUCUUCCAUUCCACUCCCUGGGCUCUGAUUGGUUAAGUCAGAAAUGUAUCGCAGGAUCCACGUUCAUAUUGUAGCGUAACAGUUUUUUUUCAGAGUUUCAGAUGGAGUGCUCUCUGAAAAAUGACACCCGUUGGCUGUAGUGGAACACUUCUUGUCUUCACAUGCAAAAAUGUUUUGGCCCAUCAGUGUUUAACCACUUCCGCACGUCAUCUAUGUCACCUUCACACAUUCAUCCCUUGAUCCAGGGAGUCAAUCUGACCUCAGACUCCUGUCUGUUUACAAGUGUGUCUGCAUUUACGCACAUCAUCAGUAGAACACAACAGA